AUGGUCGUUGCACAGACCGACAUUCAGGAUAACAAUAAUAAUUAUAAUAAUAAAGCUGAUGAGAACCUUCAGACUGCAGAUGGAAUCCAGUUGAAAAGCAAGCCUAACAAUGAUAACUCCUCUGCUAAUCAUCCACAAGUGAAUACACCUAACCAACAGCAGUCAAUCAAUUCAUCAACACAUCAAAAUGAUUCAGGGCAUAAAAUCAAUAAUGAAAGCAAACCUCAGCAAACGAAAUCCACCGAUGUAUGUGCUGCUGCUGAUGAUAAUGAAGAGAAAAUAUUAGCUGAAUUAUUCAAUAGGAAACAGUUACUGUUACAACGUCUUUCUGAAGAAAUGGAAAAAUAUGAACAAUUAUGUUGGGAAGAAAUGGUAAGCAAAAAUGAUAAAUAA